AUGAGUGGAAGCAGCUCACCAGACUACAAGGCGCUUUUUCUCAAGGAAGCCGAGCUGAGACGGCAGGCAGAGGAACGCAACCGACUGACAACAUUUCCAGAGUUUAUCCGUCAUUGCCAUGAUCUCCUUUGGACGCCGCUCCGAGCCCAAACACCGUCUCGCUCCACGACAGGCAGAAUCUCUGCCCCCAUCGGGAAAGACUGUCCUGUAAGACUGCUUCCGUGGACUGGAUGCGAGGCCAGGCAGCGGGAAAUUUAUAGAUCUGUCUGCCGUUACCUACAACCGGCCGGAGAAGAUGCACCGCACUUAUUCACACCACUUGUUGUGUUAGAAGAUCAUGGUCGACGAUUCGCACGCCGGCUGAUCAGCAGCGAACAAGACCUCGAAACCUAUGAGCGACUCGCUGUCGAAGACCAUGUGCACGACAUAGUUGCCGAGUUGUGUAAGAUACCCGAAGCUCGCGAAGAGUUUCGGUUAGGCAACGGAGUGCGGUUCGAUAAUCACGCUAAUGCUCUGGAUAAAGAUGAUGAAGCCGAUGCUAGUCUGCCAUCAACCUCCAGACCUUCGAAGCCAGAUCAAUUUUGCAUUCAUCGAAUGGAUGGCAACAGGAGUACUCUGCUCACCACGGUCGAAUACAAACCCCCCCACAAGCUCUCUGUGGCCAGCCUGCGGAGGGGACUUAGGCCGAUGGAGUUCUGGCGUGAAGUUGUCCAACCUGAUCGUGUGCCGACGGAAGAGCCAGAGAAAUCAAGAUAUCGCGCCGAGUUGCUGGUCGGAUCAACCAUCGUACAAGAAUUCCACGUAAUGAUUCAAGAGGGUUUGGAGUAUUCGUAUUUGACGAACGGCCUGAUGGACGUGCAGCUCUGGGUGCCCUACGACGACCCAACUACUCUCUAUUACCACCUGGGCGAUCCUAGUACAUACGGAAUGGCGGGUGUUUCCGGUCUUGGAGCUCCGAGGACUCGAGUUGAGAGGGCCCUUUGCCUCUGUCUGAUGAGUUUUGGUGCCCCUCUUCGAGACCAGGCGUGGCGAAAUGCCGCCAAAGACAACUUACCAAAAUGGCAUUCGAUCCUUGAUAGCGAUCGUGCUCCGAUCUCAGUACUGGAAUUACCACGGGGCCUUAGAGUCGCUGAUGCAAACUCGGAGAUCACAAGUCCUGAGCAGUCAACCUCCGAGUACCUCACAUCCUCGUCUCCCAUAACCAGCGGCCCUCGAGUGACCACCCGAGCGGCCGCCAGCUGCGCACCGCUAUCCGGUCCCCACCACCACGAGAGUUCUUCGGAUCCCGAGGCCGACCCUACCGCAUCCGCAGGACGGAAACGGGGGUAUAGCCAGGUAAAAUCAUCCCCUCCAACCCAACGGUCCGCCCCGCGAUCAAAUCGCCAAGGGAACCAAAACGGGCAAUCUCGCUCCCAUGAUGCGCCAUAUUGCACACAAAAGUGUCUUCUGGGGCUACAGCAAAGAGGCACACUUGACCCUGGCUGCCCCAACAUGAAGCUGCAUAUACUUGGAGGAACGGUGAACCGCCAUCCGAUCGGUGCAGCUGACCUGGUGAAAAACCUCAAGGCGCAGCUUGAUCUAGAUCUGGAUCACAACUGCACUCCCAUCGGCCCUUGUGGGUCCUCCGGCGCACCAUUUAAGGUUACGUGUGCUACCUUUGGAUAUACAGUUGUCGGGAAGGGAACAACGUCGAGACUCUGGGGGGAGGUCUCGCCCGAAGUCGACAUCUACAGGGUCCUUUUACGUGCCCAAGGAUCGGCCGUUCCCGUCUUUCUUGGCGCGAUCAAUUUGGCCAAAACUUACUUCCUCCACGGCGCGGGAAGGAUUCGUCAUAUGCUUCUCAUGGGCUGGGGUGGUGAGACCGUGGGCCAUGGCACUUUAGACAAGACCAUGGAGGAUGCGAUUUCUCGGUCGAUGAAGGAGAUCCGUCGUUGCGGCGUCGUUCAUCAGGAUCUUCGUCCGGACAACAUUCUGUGGAAUGCUGAGCUCGAGCGAGCUUUGAUCAUCGACUUCCAUCUGUGCACUUUAGACCGUCGACCGCGGCAUAGACGGUCGCGGGCUCUCAAAAGAUUACGGUGUGACCCUAAAGAACAUCACUCCAAGCGGCUGCGUGUAGUAUGA